AUGAUAAAUAGAAGAAAUAGCUCAUCUAACGACUCAACAAGUUCGUUAGGGUCGAACGGGCAGCAGUGGACAUAUCUGCACGAAGAAGACGUGAAGGACAGCCUAAUCAAGUUUAAAUACGCAUACCUGGAGACGCUGAACAAGCUCAUCAAGUUCGACAAGCAGAAGAUAUUCAGGUUCCCAGUGGAUACGAAGCUGGUGCCUGACUACACAAACUACAUCAAGACGCCGAUGGAUUUCGAGACGAUGCUGGCGAAAAACGAAGAAAAUAAAUACAAGGAUGACAUAAGAGUGUUCGAAGCGGACAUAUGGCUAAUAAUAAAUAACUGCAAGACCUACAACUCGAGGGACACAAUAUUCUACGAAGCAGCAGUGAAAUUGGAGGAUUUCUACCUUAAGAUCAAGCACAUCCUGGAGAGAAAGCUAGGAACAAUAAUCAACCUCAUAAACAGAAAGUAUUUGUCCACGGCAAAGUCGAGGCAGAAGCAACUGCUUAGCGGAUCAAUGUCGCCCUCGGAGAGCGGAAUGGUACCUUACCCUUCAGCAGGAGACAAUCCGCCCCCAACGAGGCCUACGUACCCGAGGACAGGGCCGAUCAAGCUGGAAACGGAGAGUGAAAGGCUGGAGUUCAUCCAGUCAAGGCUGGAGCCGGUGAAGAGAAGGAAGCGGAAGCUUGACCAGAAGCGCAUGGGAAACGGCCUGCUUAACUCGACAAUGAACACAGUGCAAAUAGCGCUGAGCGUGUCAGGGUUGACGAACGAGACGUUCGGAAAGCUGAUGGCAAACUUUAACGGACUCCCGAGGCUGCUGAAUUCGCUGGACGUCGCACAGCACCAGCUGCUGGUAAACCCACAUUCGAGAAACAUGUUCGGACCAAAUUCAAUAGCAAGGCUGCGGAGAAUAAUAAACAGCUUCGAGUGGAAGAGGAGCUUCGACUUCCCAAUAUCCAUGGGAAAAAACACACUUUAUCGCAAGAUACAGCUGCUGAUGGGCCGCUACAAGAGGGAAACGUACAAGAAAAGCGUCGAGUCCUUCAUCGGCGAGGAGAACCUGGAGCUCAUGAACGAGCUCUUCCCGAACCUGUCUGACAUACUGGGCGACCUGUGCAUACCACACCAAAUGCUCUCAAACACGACGGAGUUUAAAAACUAG